AUGCCCAAUGCCCCCGCCGGAGCCGACGCGACGCCCUCCAGGUCCGUGCCGCCGCCGACGCAACAGAAGCGGCCGGCCAUGGAGCCCAACGUGCUCAACGUCGUGCUCGGCGACCUGCUCGUCAAGCCCUGGUACCCCUCGUUCUACCCGGAGGAGCUGGUCGGCCGCAAGAUCGAGCGCCUGUACGUGUGCCAAUGGUGCUUCAAGUACUCGAAAGAGAUAAUACCCUUUCUGGGCCACACGAAAGUGUGCCCGCUCAAGGAGGCCGCGCCGCCGGGCACGCGCAUCUACGCCAAAGACAGCUACUCGAUCCACGAGGUCGACGGCGAGGCGCACAAGCUGUACUCGCAGAACCUGUCGCUCUUCGCCAAGCUGUUCCUUGACACCAAGUCCGUCUUCUACGAUGUCACCACCUUCCUCUACUACCUGCUCGUCAGCACACACCCCGAGACGGGCGCCCGCCAGGUCAUCGGCUUCUUCAGCAAGGAGAAGAUGAGUUGGGAUAACAACAACCUGGCCUGCAUCUUGGUUUUCCCGCCAUGGCAGCGCCAAGGCCUGGGGCAGAUGCUCAUGGGGGUCAGCUACGAGCUCAGCAGGAAAGAGGACCGCAUUGGCGGGCCAGAGAAGCCGCUCUCAGAGCUCGGCCGCCGCGGCUACGUCGCGUACUGGUCCGCCACAAUCGCGCGGCACAUCCUGGGCUGCCCGGCCAAAAAGACGCUGACGCUGCGCGACAUUAGCGACGCUACGUAUAUCAUGCUGGAGGACAUUGUCGCGACGCUGAAGGAGAUGCACGUGCUCGAGCACCGCAAGAAGGGCACCGCCGACGCGGUCGUCAACAAAGCCCAGGUCCGGCGCUGGGUCCUCGAGAACAACGUCAGCAUGGCGCCGCCCGUCGAGCGAAGGGCUUUCCAAGUAGACAUGGAGCCAAAGCGCGACAGAGCCGACGACUAG